AUGUCCGCUUCCAUCGUCCUCAAGAGAACUGGGCAGAAGAUGCCCCAGGUCGGCUUUGGUCUCUGGAAGGUCACCAAGUCUACCUGUGCAGACACUGUGUACAACGCCCUCAAGGCCGGCUACCGUCUCUUGGACGGCGCUGGAGACUAUGGAAACGAGAAGGAAGCCGGCGAGGGUCUGCGCAGGGCCAUCUCCGACGGUAUCGUCAAGCGCGAGGACGUUUUUGUGACGUCCAAGCUUUGGAACACUUUCCACGCCCGUGAACACGUCGGUGCCUUGGCCAGGAAGCAACUCGGACUUUGGGGAAUCGACUACUUUGACUUGUUCCUCAUCCACUUCCCCAUUGCUCUCCAGUACGUUGACCCUGCUCACCGCUACCCGCCCGAAUGGUUUGGCGAUGAUGGCAAGGUAUACCUCGCCAACGUGCCCUUCUCGGAGACCUGGGGUGCCAUGGAGACGCUUGUGGACGAGGGCCUGGUCAAGAACAUUGGCGUCUCUAACUGCCAGGGCGCUCUUCUGCUUGAUGUUCUCCGCUAUGCCAAAUAUGCGCCCGCUGUUAACCAGGUCGAGCUUCACCCUUACCUGUCCCAAGAGGCUCUGAUCAAGUUGUGCAACACCCUCGGCGUCGCCAUCACUGCCUACUCAUCUCUGGGUCCUCAGAGCUACGUUGAGCUCGGUGGGUCCAAAGGCGCGGAGAACCUCUUGCAGCACAGCGCGGUUGCGAGCAUCGCGUCGAAGCACUCGAAAUCAACCGCGCAGGUUCUUCUUCGCUGGGCUGUGCAGCAAGGUUUGGCCGUCAUCCCCAAGAGUAACAACCACGACCGUUUGGUGCAAAACUUGCAGGUUGAGCAAUUUACCCUCACCGACGAUGAGAUGAAGCAGCUGAGCUCGUUGAACGUCAACCUCCGGCUCAACGACCCUGCUGACAUUGACCCGCGCAUGGCCAUCUUCGCGUGA